UAUACAGAAGGACCAGGAUUAUAUCAAGUUAUAUUAAAAUUAGUAAUUCAUUGAUAAUUGUGAAAAGUAUGAUUUUUCAACUCUAUUUUUAUAUAGUGAAGCUGAUCAGGGACGAUGGGAAAUGUUGCCGAAAAGAGUGCAAAUUCAGUUCAACUGAAAGUAUUUAUCGAUGAAAAGAAGAAAAAGGUGAUGUUUGCAGAAGCUGACGAAGACUUUGUGGAAAUCCUCUUCAGUUUUCUCACUUUGCCUCUUGGAACAAUCGCAAGCCUCAACUCCAAGGAUAUAAAAGUUGGAAGCUUGACUUCUCUAUAUGAAAGUGUCCAAAAUUUAAAUAAAAAACUUUUCUUUAAAUACUGGUAUAAGGAUUGCCUACUUAAUCCAAUGAAUUCAUCUGCUAAUGUUUGCGAGAAGCUUAAAGUAAAUCUAAAUGGAACAAAGUCAAUCCCUUAUCAGCCUGAUGCAAUCCUUUUCAAAAAGAAGGGUAGAUUCGUCAUUACAGACGAUCUCAAUAUCCUACCUCUCGUGAUGGACACAAGCAUUGCACUCCUUAAUUCUCUUGGUGUUGAAUCCAUUGAUUUAUUACAUGAAAAAACUAUAUAUUUUGGCUUAAAAGAGUUCUCGCAUCUACUCAAGUGGUCAUUACUGACAAAUAAUCCUUUGACAAACCUGGUGUUUGGGGGAAGGAAGUCAUGUUCAUCAUUGUCCACAUACUCUACACCAUGUAAUUAUUCACCUUUCAUGUCGGGUAACUUUACCCAGACAACAGUAAAAUUACUUUUACAAAAAUCGAAGAAGAAGGUCUUAUGUGCACAAGUGGAGAAUCGUUUUGUGGAACUUCUUUUUAGCUUCCUAACAAUCCCGUUGGGUGCGUAUGAACUUUUAACAAAGGAUAUUUAUUCAUCUCCAAUAUUGGGUAUAAGUAAUCUUUACAAUAGUAUUUCAAGUUUGGGAGAAAGAAAAUUCUUGAAAUCUGAGGAUGUGAAGAGCAUAUAA